ACAUUAAGUGAAAAAAUCUGAGUCUCCUAGAAAUUCUGUCACCGUGGAAUUGCCCUGCUUCAAUUAAGAAAUUAGUCUAGUCCUAGCUAUUUUCUUUUGAAAAUCUUAACGUCAUACGAUUAUGUUUAGUUAAUGGUUUGACAGGCCUUAUAUUAUUUGUGGUAUGGCAACUCUAAAUGGUUGAUAACGUUUCACCUUGUACGGGCAAGUGAUUGACAUGAAGUUUUUCCAGCGACAUAUUGGAUACUGGCGCAGUAGCUAGCUGUCAAUGUUCAAGAAUGUUCAGGAGUCCACAGAUUCUGGCCUUGACAUGCCCUGUCAGGACCCACAGACCCCUGCAGCUGUCUGGCAUAGACCCCAACGUUCCUGCCCUACCUGAGCAUGCCUGUCAGAGGUGGCCUGGACCCAAAACAGGGAGAAGUCUCUGUCAGGGGGAUGGAGGGGAGGAGGCAGUAUCCCUCUCUUCAGCCAUUUCUUCACAACUUAUUAGCAGAGGCACCUCCUGUUGUGGGAGUUGUCUCCUAAAUGCUGCACCUCAACACCCCUUACAAAAAGCCACCCCUCCCAACCGUCCUCAAUUGUCUCAGGACUCUAGCUUUGUUUCUUUGAAACGUACACCACGACUGCCGGUGCUUGUAGCAUGUGACCCUUGGAAAACCACUUUAUUGGAACAUUUGGGCAAUUCUAAAGUCCCUGAAUGUUUUAGUGACCUCAAGUGCCCUCUACAAAGGAGGCAAACUGACAAUGGUAGCCAAUGUUUAUCUGCUGAGGAGAAGGUGAACGUCACAUUCAGUGUUAAAAGUAAUAGUUACAGUCCUGUUCAAAUUUGCAAGGACAUUUUUCACAGACUGCUUGCGUCCACACCCAAACUGUGGACUGUGGAUCCCCAGAGAAGCCUUUCACUCCAGAGCCGCGGCCUGCACCAGGCAACUGCCUCCUGCCCAGUGGGUGCUCUGAGGGAGUGCCUUUCAUUGGUGAACGAGGCGCGUUGCCGUCAGAGCCUGGGGCCUAACGUGGCUCUUUAUGAGAAGGACGUCUGGGGGAAGAGGGGGUCCAGUGAGGCCCAGGGGAAGUGGGCAUCCGUGCUGGUCUCUCUUUGCUCCGUGGAGGGAGAGCCCGCCUUCCUCUUCACCCUCAGAUCCACAGCUCUGAAGGGCAGACACAAGGGUGAUGUCAGUUUUGCAGGGGGCAAGCGUGACCCCUCGGACAAGGACGUUGUGGACACCGCCCUGCGAGAAGCUGGUGAGGAACUGGGCGUCACUGUGGCAACAAACCAAGUUUGGGGCGUGCUGAAACCACUCAGGGAUAUGUCUGGAAUGAUGAUAGCCCCUGUACUGGCCAACCUCGGACCCCUGGAGGCGCUGUCGUUCAAGCCAAAUCCUGCCGAGGUAGAAGAGAUCUUCACCCUGUCGGUCUCCCACGUAUGCAGCCCACAGAAUCGGGGAUACACCAACUUCCGUACCGGUGAGCGAUAUGGAUACACCUUGCCUGUGAUCCGCAACGGGAAGCACCGCGUGUGGGGACUCACUGCCGUAGCCCUCGAACACACGCUCAAACUCAUCAUGCCACCAUGACAACCAAUCAUGCCAGCCAUCAAUACUGUUUUUUUUGUUGUAAAGUAUUUGUGAUUAUAGAAUAAUUUAUUAUUUGUUUCAUAUGUGAAAUCAAUCAUUGGGGGUUAUAGAUCAAUUGAUGACUUCUUAUAGUCAAUGUAUCCCUUAUAACCAACAGUACAUGUCAGAAGUGAUAUAUUGAAUAUAUGAGAUAUCAGGUAGGGUCAUGUAAGGAACAAUCACCUUCCAUGCCAAAGCCACUGGAUUGUAAUAUCACUGUAUUUUAUAAUACUGACAUAAUAACCUGCAGUACUCCCUAGAAAGGUCCAAUCUUGACAGUUCAGUCAUUCACUAACCUUAUGAAAGCAACGCACAAUGUUUCGGGUGUGUCAGAAAAUGUUUUCUGAUUCUAUCCUUCUUUAAAUGUUAUUUCCAUAGGCUUCUGGACAAGAUCAAUCAUUAUUUCAUGACAUGCAGACCGAAAUAAAUAUAUUGCAACAAAUGUGCAUUUGAUGUACAACA